AUGGAACUGCACACCAAGUUCACUGAACCAGAAAGGAAAAGGAAGGUGGCUAAGAUAGUGGAGGAAAUCCUCAUUGGGGAAGGUUACCCAAGAGAGCAAGUCAGAGCUGCAAGAGAUGCAGAAGAAAAGGCAAAGAAACAAAAGACUGCACCAACUCCAGUCAAAGAAAAGGUGAUUGGGUCUUCUUCUGCUCUGGUGAAGACACCUUCAACUGAAUCAGAACCCUCUGGUUCAUCUGCUAAGGGCAAAGGUGUUCUGAGGAAGAAGAAGAAACCCCAAAGAGAGUAUGCUACAGUUUCCUUGGUAGCAUCUGAAACUGAGUCAGAUUCAGACAUUCCAAAGGCCCCAAAGAAAGGAGAAUUUGCAGGGGUGAUACAAAAACCUCAAUCCGAUGCUGAGAAGAAAGGGCUGAAGGAGAAGAAGGCAAAGUCUGAUCCUGUUCCGGUAAGCAAGCCUAAGAAAGGAAGAAAGAUAAAAUUUGACUUGGAUGAGGCAAUUGAAUCCGAGGUUGAGGCAAAUAAGGGAAAUGAAAAAUCAGCUGAGGCAGAGGAUUGUGCACCAAGUGGUGACAAUGGUGCACGGGAGGAACCCAUAGAGGAUAAAGGUAAAGCAGGGCAGGAGGCUAAGAAAAAGGAUGAGGAAAAACAGGAGGAAUAG